UCAAUUAGCGAGGUUUUGAACCGAUACAAUAAUAACUGCGUACUUAUCUCAUAAUGUGAGAUAAGAAUUAGGAAUUAACUUAUGUAAUAGAGUCGAUCCACUAAAGUCUUGAGCAGCGGUAUACUAUACAGUGCAAAACUCAUGAAGUGCAUUAAUUAAUUGACAGCCUAUUUUAUUCUCAUAUUUUGCAGUAUAAAUACGUGACAAACAAAGGACUCUUGGGGUCAUCCAAAAGCAAUAUUCUGCUCUCUGUCUAUUAAUUAGUAGUUUGUUCUUCUCGAAGAGUUCCCCUCAUAAAACUUCUUAAUUUUGCUCUGAAAAUGCCUUGUAUAGCUUUGGGACGUUUUGAUGAUUCAAUUAGUUGGGGGUCUAUUAAGGCCUAUGUUGCUGAAUUUAUCUCCACCUUGCUUUUCGUCUUCGCUGGAGUUGGCUCUGCCAUUGCUUACAACAAGUUGACAGCUAAUGCGGCUCUUGAUCCCGCUGGUCUAAUAGCGAUCGCAAUUUGCCAUGGAUUGGCUCUCUUUGUGGCUGUUUCUAUCGGGGCUAACAUAUCCGGUGGUCAUGUUAACCCUGCUGUUACUUUUGGUUUAGCUCUUGGCGGCCAAAUCACCAUCCUUACCGGACUGUUCUACUGGAUUGCUCAACUUUUGGGAGCCAUUGUUGCUUGCUACCUCCUCAAAUUUGUCACCGGAGGACUGGCUGUUCCAAUCCACAGCGUGGCAGCUGGUGUAGGAACUGCUGAAGGAGUUGUAUUGGAAAUCAUCACCACAUUUGCAUUGGUGUAUACUGUGUACGCCACAGCAGCUGAUCCCAAGAAGGGAUCAUUGGGUACAAUUGCACCCAUUGCCAUUGGUUUCAUUGUUGGUGCCAACAUCUUGGCUGCGGGCCCAUUCUCGGGUGGUUCAAUGAACCCAGCCCGUUCUUUUGGACCUGCAGUGGCCAGUGGCAGCUUCGCUGGCAAUUGGAUUUACUGGGUUGGACCACUCGUUGGUGGUGGUCUGGCUGGUCUAGUCUACAGUAACGUGUACAUGAACAACGAUCAUGUCCCUCUCUCUAGCGAUUUUUAAAUUAAUUGUUUGAAUUUGAUUGUGUUAUGUACCCAAUUUGCCUUUUGUAAUAAAAGGGAGAAAAGCAACAUUUUAAUUUGUUGUUUUUCUUUCUUUUUCCUUCUUUAACAUUUUGUCAUGUAAUUUUCUUUCUUUCGAGCUUUUGUUGUGCAUAUUUGGAUCCAACUUUGUUGCAAUAUUCGAGAUGAUGCUUGAUCAGAUUUGUUGA